AAUUCCUUAGUUCGUCAGUUGAUCCCGAGAGCUGAAGUAGCCUGCUCAAAAAGAUAGCAAAACGCCUUUACGUCAGGUAGUUCUACUAAUGAACCAUGUUAAAAUGCCGGGAAAAAUUACAAUUAGCAGGUCUACUGGUGCUUGUGUUUUCUUUCAAAGUUUAUGCCGUCGCACCCGUCUGGAGUAACUGUCCUUCAAAUAUAAAUAUCAACACUGAUGAUGGGACGUCAUCGGGUACAGCAAGUUGGACAGAACCAAUCGUGUCCGAUGAUAUGACUUCUGAAGGUGAUCUUGCUAUUGUCGUGUUAUAUGAUUCAGCAAUACAAACAUAUCCUCCGACAUCGUUUAGCUUUGGCAUAGGGACAACAGAGGUUAGAUAUCAAGCGACAGACGACGAAAACUCUCCUCUGACCGGAGUAUGUACAUUCUCAGUGAUAGUUACAGAUAACGAAGCGCCGGUGAUAUCGAAUUGCCCGACAGCAGAAAUAAUAGAAGUAACUGAUGUAGGUGAAAAUGAUAAAGUAGUGACGUGGACUGCUACGUCAGCUAACGACAAUUCUGGUUCAGAUGUCAGUAAAAUUCAAAGCACAGCUGAACCUGGCGAUGUAUUUGAAAUCGGAACUACACUAGUUACCAUUACUUACCAGGAUCCUUACGGAAACCUAGCUGAGUGUAUCUUCAAUGUUACAAUUCUAGACCAAGAAGAUCCAGAAGUAUUUAAUUGCCCAGAGAGUAACACAGAGAUCAUUGACCAAUCUAUUAAUUCUUCGACAAGUACUUGGUUUCUACCAACAUUCACUGACAACGACGAAGUUUCAACUACGGUUUCAAACUAUGAACCUGGUGAUUCGUUUAAUGUCGGAAUUACGGAAGUGGUGUAUACAGCCACAGAUCCUUCUGGCAAUGAAAGAAAUUGUUCAUUCAAUAUAACAGUUUUACAAGAUAAGGAACCACCAGUAUUUAGUUAUUGUCCGAAUGAUACCAUCGUAUCGACACUUCCUGGCGUGAAUUAUACAGUUGUAAAUUGGACAUCACCAAUUGCGUCUGAUGACGUACAGUUGGCCUCUGUUCGUCAAGCAUCUACAGACUACUCGACAACUGGUGAACGAUUUUAUAUUGGACCUACGCAGAUACGUUACAUUGCUGUAGAUGUGCUUGCAAAGACCUCCCAGUGUAUAUUCGAUAUCAUCGUAAAUGAUAAUGAAGAUCCGUCCAUUAACUGUUCAUCUAAUUUUACCAUAACUACUGAACUGGAUCAACCGUUUGCUACCGUAAUUUACUAUGUCAGUGCGGAGGAUAAUGAUGGCUUUUUACCAAAUAUCACGACCUCUAAUCCUGCAUCUGGAAGUCAAUUGGACAUUGGAGUAACAAGCUUUAUUAUAUCAGCAACUGACCGAUCAGGAAACACAGCCGAAUGCAGUUUUUAUGUGACUGUAUCUGAUGACCAGGCUCCAAAUGUGACAUUUUGCCCAUCUAAUCUUGAAUUUAAUACGGAGGCAGGCACAAAUUAUGCAAUCGUUACGUGGCAAGAGCCAACAGCAAUUGAUAACUCAGGCACAGUUGAGGUCUCAUCUCAAACACACACGAAUGGAAGCAGAUUUUACCUCGAAAGCUCCCCAUAUACAGUCAUCUAUACUUUUGAAGAUAAUAGUUCAAAUUCAGAUGUUUGCAGUUUUGAGGUCACGGUUAUUGACAAAGAACCACCAGUAACAAAUUGUUCGGCUGAUAUCAGCAGUACUACCAGUACAGGUAUGGCUGUAGCAGUGGGGGUCACACUUCCUGUUAUUUCCUUUGAAGACAAUUCUGGAAUGACUGUUAAUGUUUCUCAGAAUAUUGAAUCUCCAAGCGACUUUCCAAUAGGUUCUACGAUGAUCGAGGUAAACGGAACUGACGAAUAUGGAAACACCGCUGUCUGUCGUUAUUAUGUAAAUGUUACAGAUGAUGAAGACCCAGCAAUCACCUGCCCUGACAACCAGACUCUACCAGCCGAUCAAGGAUCAAUUGGGAGACAAGUAACAUGGUCUACACCGAAUGCGACAGAUAAUAGUGGAGAUGUUACUGUCACACUAGCAGAUGGCGAUCCAGCUUCAGGCAAUACGUUUACCUUAGGAGCUCCUCGGAUUCUCACAUACAUUGCAACAGACAGUUCAGGAAACACAGCGACAUGCACAUUUGCAAUUCACAUUAUAGAUGUGUAUAAGAGACAGAUUAUGAACUGUCCGAGUGCUAUAGUAAACGAAACCGAUCCAUCAGUGAAUUCGACAUCAGUCACCUGGACAGAACCUACCUACAGCGAUAAUACCAACGAAACAUCUUUAGUAACAGAGUCAACACAUGAUAGCGGAGAUACAUUUUACAUUGGAGUUACAACUGUAAUUUAUACAGUAACAGACGAGUCAGGAAAUGUAGCAACAUGUAAUUUCACCGUUACUAUCCUUGAUAUGGAACCUCCUACUUACAACUGUUCUGAUGAUAUAAGCGAGAACACAUUACCUGGCGUCGAUUAUGCUUCUGUUACCUGGCAAGCACCAACAUACGAUGACAAUUCAUUCAAAAACGUUAUUUUGACUUUUUCUCACAUGCAGCCAGUAGAUUUAAAAAUUGGCAUUCAUGAAAUUGUAUACAAUUUUACUGACGAAUCUGGCAACCAGGCAUCGUGUUCAUUCACAGUUACAAUUAACGAUUUUGAAUCACCAAAUGUGAGUUUUUGCCCAGUAAAUCUGGAAAAUACUACAGCUUUUGGUCUGCCAUAUCAAAAUGUUAGCUGGGAAUUGCCAAUUGUAAGUGAUAAUAAUGGAUGGUUUUCAACAGUCAGUACACAUGAGCCAUAUGAUGGAUUCAGUAUUGGGACCACUGAAGUUACCUACACCUUUACUGAUCAAUCAAACAAUACUGCAACAUGCAUAUUCAAUGUAACAAUUAAAGACGAAGAAAAUCCCAUAAUAUCAUGCCCGUCCAAUUUCAGUCUCACGACUGAACUCGACCAGCCGUAUGCUAUUGCUGUAUAUAAUGUUAGCGCAGAGGAUAAUGAUGGGUUACCACCAACAAUCUCCACUUCUGAUCCCGAAUCUGGAGAUCAAAUUGGUAUAGGUAUUCAGAAGUAUUUCAUAACAGCAACUGACCAAUCAGGAAAUACAGACAAUUGCAGUUUUUAUAUCAUCGUUGCAGAUGAACAAGAUCCAAACGUGACAUAUUGCCCUGGCGAUUUCGAAGUAAAUACGGAGACUGGAAGAGAUUAUGCAAUUGCAACAUGGCGAGAACCUACAGCAAAUGAUAACUCAGGCACAGUGGAGAUUUCGUAUCAGACACAUACAAAUGGAAGCACGUUUAGUCUCACAGGCUCUCCGCAUACAGUCAUGUACAAUUUUACAGAUAAUAGUUCAAAUACAGCUAUGUGCAUUUUUAAAGUCACUGUUAUCGAUGAUGAACUACCAACUACAAAUUGUACAGGUGAUAUUAAUAUUUCUGCAAGCUUAAAUAUGACAUACGCCAUUAACGUCAGUCUACCAACAAUUACCUUUGAAGACAAUUCAGGGCUUGCAGUUAAUGUGACACAGAAUGUAGAAUCGCCGUACGAUUUCCCAAUAGGAAUAACGUAUGUAGUGGUGAAUGGUACAGACCAAUUUGGUAACACUGCUGUUUGCCGGUUUUCUGUGAAUGUUACAGAUAUCGAAGAUCCUGAAAUUACUUGCCCUGACAACCAAACUCUGCCAGCUGAGCAAGGUUCAGUUGGAAGGCUGGUAACAUGGAUUACACCGACUGCUACAGAUAAUAGUCAGGAUGUUCCAACUGUAACAUUAGCAGAUGGCGAUCCAGCUUCAGGCAAUACAUUUACCUUAGGAGCUCCUCGGAUUCUCACAUACAUUGCAACAGAUAGUUCAGGAAACACAGCGACAUGCACAUUUGCAAUUCACAUUAUAGAUAUCGAAGAUCCUGAGAUUACUUGCCCUGACAACCAAACUCUGCCAGCUGAGCAAGGUUCAGUUGGAAGACUAGUAACAUGGAUUACACCGACUGCUACAGAUAACAGCCAGGAUGUUCCAACUGUAACAUUAGCAGAUGGCGAUCCAGCUUCAGGCAAUACGUUUACCUUAGGAGCUCCUCGGAUUCUCACAUACAUUGCAACUGACGGUUCAGGAAACACAGCAACAUGCACAUUUGCAAUUCACAUUAUAGACGAGGAAUCCCCAGUUUUUAUGAACUGCCCGAGUGCUAUAAUAAAUGAAACAGAUCCAUCAGUGAAUUCGACAUCAGUCACCUGGACAGAACCUACCUACAGCGAUAAUACAGAUGAAGCAUCUUUAGUAACAGAGUCAACGCAUGAUAGCGGAGAUACAUUUUACAUUGGAGUUACAACUGUAAUUUAUACAGUGACAGACGAGUCAGGAAAUGUAGGAACAUGCAAUUUCACCGUUACUGUCCUUGAUAUGGAACCUCCUACUUACAACUGUUCUGAUGAUAUAAGCGAGAACACAUUUCCUGGCGUCGAUUAUGCUUCGGUUACAUGGCAAGCACCAACAUACAAUGACAAUUCAUUCCAAGAGGUUAUUGUGACUAACCAAAUGCAACCAAUAGAUUUGAAAGUUGGCAUUCAUGAAAUUGUAUACAACUUUACUGACGAAUCUGGCAACCAGGCAUCGUGUUCAUUUACAGUUACUGUUAACGAUUUCGAAUCACCCAAUGUAAGUUUUUGCCCAGGAAGUUUGGAAAAUACUACAGCUUUUGGUCUGCCGUAUCAAAAUGUUAGCUGGGAAUUGCCAAUUGUAAGUGAUAAUAAUGGAUGGUUUUCAACAGUCAGUACACAUGAGCCAUAUGAUGGAUUCAGUAUUGGGAUCACUGAAGUUACCUACACCUUUACUGAUCAAUCAAACAAUACUGCAACAUGCAUAUUCAAUGUAACAAUUAAAGACAAAGAAAAUCCCAUAAUAUCAUGCUCGUCCAAUUUCAGUCUCACGACUGAACCCGACCAGCUAUAUGCUACUGUUGUAUAUAAUGUUAGCGCAGAGGAUAAUGAUGGGUUACCACCAACAAUCACCACUUCUGAUCCCGAUUCUGGAGACCAAAUUGGUAUAGGCAUUCAGGGGUAUUUCAUAACAGCAACUGACCAAUCAGGAAACAUAGACAAUUGCAGUUUUUAUGUCACUGUUACAGAUGAACAAGAUCCAAACGUGACAUACUGCCCUGGCGAUUUUGAAGUAAAUACGGAGACUGGAAAAGAUUAUGCAAUUGCAACAUGGCGAGAACCAACAGCAUAUGAUAACUCAGGCACAGUGGAGAUUUCGUAUCAGACACAUACAAAUGGAAGCAUGUUUAGUCUCACAGGCUCUCCGCAUACAGUCAUGUACAAUUUUACAGAUAAUAGUGCAAAUACAGCUAUGUGCAUUUUUAGAGUCACUGUUAUCGAUGAUGAACUACCAACAACAAAUUGUACAAGUGACAUAAAUAUUUCUGCAAGCUUAAAUAUGACAUAUGCUAUCAACGUCAGUCUUCCAACGAUUGUCUUUGAAGACAAUUCAGGGCUUGCAGUUGAUGUUACACAAAACGUAAAAUCACCGUACGAUUUCCCGAUAGGAAUAACGUAUGUAGUGGUGAAUGGUACAGACCAAUUUGGCAACAUUGCUGUUUGCCGGUUUUCUGUGAAUGUUACAGAUGUGGAAGACCCAGAAAUUACUUGCCCUGACAACCAAACUCUACCAGCCGAGCAAGGUUCAGUUGGAAGGCUAGUAACAUGGAUUACACCGACUGCUACAGAUAAUAGUCAGGAUGUUCCAACUGUAACAUUAGCAGAUGGCGAUCCAACUUCAGGCAAUACAUUUACCUUAGGAGCUCCUCGGAUUCUCACAUACAUUGCAACUGACGGUUCAGGAAACACAGCGACAUGCACAUUUGCAAUUCACAUUAUAGAUGAGGAAUCUCCAGUUAUUAUGAACUGUCCAAGUGCUAUAGUAAAUGAAACUGAUCCAUCAGUAAAUUCGACAUCAGUAUCCUGGGCAGAACCUAACUACAGCGAUAAUACCAACACAGCAUCUUUAUUAUCAGAGUCAACGCAUGAUAGCGGAGAUACAUUUUACAUUGGAGUUACAACUGUAGUUUAUACAGUAACAGACGAGUCAGGAAAUGUAGGAACAUGCAAUUUCACCGUUACUAUCCUUGAUAUAGAACCUCCUACUUACAACUGUUCUAAUGAUAUAAGCGAGAACACAUUACCUGGCGUCGAUUAUGCUUCGGUUACCUGGCAAGCACCAACAUACGAUGACAAUUCAUUCAAAAACGUUAUUGUGGCUUUUUCUCACAUGCAACCAGUAGAUUUAACUACUGGCAUUCAUGAAAUUGUAUACAAUUUUACUGACGAAUCUGGCAACCAGGCAUCGUGUUCAUUUACAGUUACAAUUAACGAUUUCGAAUCACCCAAUGUAAGUUUUUGCCCUGUUAGUCUGGAAAAUACUACAGCUUUGGGACUGCCGUAUCAAAAUGUUAGCUGGGAAUUGCCAAUUGUAAGUGAUAAUAAUGGAUGGUUUUCAACAAUGAGUACACAUGAGCCAUAUGAUGGAUUCAGUAUUGGGACCACUGAAGUCACGUACACCUUUACUGAUCAAUCAAACAAUACUGCAACAUGCAUAUUCAAUGUAACAAUUAAAGACGAAGAAAAUCCCACAAUAUCAUGUUCGUCAAAUUUCAGUCUCACGACUGAACCUGACCAGGCGUAUGCUAUUGCUGUAUAUAAUGUCAGCGCAGAAGAUAAUGAUGGGUUACCACCAACGAUCUUCACUUCUGAUCCCGAAUCUGGAAAUCAAAUUGGUAUAGGCAUUCAGGGAUUUUUCAUAACAGCAACGGACCAGUCAGGAAACAUAGACACUUGCAGUUUUUAUGUCACCAUUACAGAUGAACAAGGUCCAAACGUGACAUACUGCCCUGGCGAUUUUGAAGUAAAUACGGAGACUGGAAAAGAUUAUGCAAUUGCAACAUGGCGAGAACCAACAGCAUAUGAUAACUCAGGCACAGUGGAGAUUUCGUAUCAGACACAUCCAAAUGGAAGCAUGUUUAGUCUCACAGGCUCUCCGCAUUUAGUCAUGUACAUUUUUACAGAUAAUAGUUCAAAUACAGCAGUGUGCACAUUUAAUGUCACUGUUAUAGAUAAUGAAGAUCCAACAACAAAUUGUACUGUUGACAUCAGUUUUAGUGCAAGCACCAACGAGUCGAAAGCAAUUAACGUCACCUUGCCGACAAUUACCUUUGAAGACAAUUCUGGUGAGCCUGUUGAUGUAACACAGAACAUUUACUCGCAAUCCGACCUUCCCCUGGGUAUCACUGUGAUAGUAGUUAAUGGAACAGAUAUGAGUGGUAACACUGCUACAUGCGAAUACACUGUUAAUGUUACAGACAAUCAGCCACCAAUUGCGAUUGACUGCCCGAGCAAUAUAUCGCAAACAACCGACUUCGGAUCUUCAAACGCUACAGUAAACUUUACUGAAGUUACAUUUAUCGAUAAUUCAGAGGUUAUGCCCACUGUAACUGUAACAGGAGUUAACCCUAAUGACCAAUAUGAAAUUGGUGAAACAGAUAUUGAGUAUAUGGCUGUAGAUUCAUCAGGAAAUGUAGCAGUCUGUUCGUUUACUAUAACGGUCAUAGAUGAUAUGGAUCCGAUAUUGCAGUGUUUUGAUGUGAUGAAUACCACAAUACCAGAAACCGCCUUUGGUAUUAUAGAUGAAUACAGUAUAACAGUAAUCGAAAAUAGUCAAUCGUAUGACAUAAGUUAUACUAUUCAGCCUGGAGUUAGUUUUUCUAUUGGUAAAACACAAGUUACAGCUACAGCAACAGACUCAUCAGAAAAUACAGGGAACUGCACAUUCAAUGUGACAAUUAUAGAUGAUGAAAUACCGUCAGUAUAUUGUCCUAUGGAUAUUACAGUACCAACAGAUGAUGCGUCGUAUAACGCAACAAUAGAUUUUAUUGCUCCAAACGCAACGGAUAAUUCAGGCGGUAAUUUAACAAUUUACUCAAAUUUCAAGCCAGGAGAUACUUUCCCAUUCGGAGUAACUACUGUGAGUUACACUUUCCAAGAUGAGAGUUUCAACACAGCUGAGUGUAUUUUCAAUGUCACAGUAUAUGACGAUGAAGACCCAAUGAUAGUUUGUCCAAUGAGCCAAAAGCUUAAUACAACCACUGACUCUGCCUAUGCCCUAAAUGUUAUUUGGUCGGACCCAGUAGCUAUCGACAAUGCACCUAGCAUUCAAAUAAUGUGUGUUCCAGCUUCGAACUCUAAUUUCACUGUUGGUACAACUGAUGUCAUUUGUAGUGCGAUAGAUCCUUCGAACAACCAAGGGAAAUGCAACUUCACUAUUGAAGUUUCAGAUAACCAGGAUCCUAUUCUAGAUUGUAACGUAACAGAAACGUAUUUUACUCCUCCUUGGUCUGCAACUGUUACGCUGUCAAACGUUAUAGAAUAUGAUGACAACGUGGCCAUAGACACAGUCAGCCAGAGCCCAGAAUCAGGGUAUGCAUUGCCAAUUGGUGAAACAUUGGUCACAAACAUCGUAAAUGAUACUUCUGGAAACACUGUGUCAUGUUCUGUUACAGUCAUAGUAAUCGACAAUGUACCACCAGUUGUUGUUAAUUGUCCAUCAAGUUUCAAUGUAUCAACGGAUCCUGGGUCAGAUAGUACAACUGUCAUAUGGACUGAGCCAACAGCGACCGAUAAUGACGGCACAUUACCAUCUGUUACUGUCAACCAUGAAAAUGCCACAUUACUUUCCAUAGGGAUGUAUGACAUCCAAUAUGAGUUUAAAGACCUUUCGAACAACACAACACCUUGCACAUUUCAAGUUAUUGUUUAUGAUGAUGAACCUCCAACAACAAAUGACUGCCCAACAGACCAAGUGGUACCUAACACAAUGGGCUUAGAUGAAAAUUCAGCUGUAUCGUGGACGGCCGUUACUUUUGGAGAUAACUCUGGUGGAUUUGUGGAUGUGGACGUAUCACCUGGUAUGCCUCCACAGGCCUUUAAAAUAGGAACCGGACUUGUCGAAUACACUGCCACAGAUACACAUGGAAACAUUGGAUAUUGCCGUUUCAAUGUUACUGUUUAUGAUGGCGAGGAUCCCGUUAUAGAUAAUGAUUGCCCAGACGACAUUAUAAAUACAACUGAAUAUUACGGGAAUCAGAACCCUGUUGUGUACUGGGAUGUGCCAACUGCCUCGGAUAAUUCUGGCUCUGUCAACCGGACGUCCACUCACAAUCCUGGUGACAUAUUCCAAAUUGGGGAUUCCGGGACAGUCGUUAGGUACACAUUCAGUGAUAACGCUGGCAACAUGGCAAUGUGCGAAUUCAGAGUAAUAAUUGCUGAUCUUAUUCAUCCAGUUCUUUAUAACAUUUCUGGCAAUCUUACCUAUUACACGCUUCCUGGUGUGGACUACGCCAUUGCAAUGUGGGACGAUCCCAUGGCAGUUGAUAACUCAGGAAUAACUAUUGUUGCAACAACUAUACCAUCUGGAUCGCAAUUUACUAUCGGGACCACUAGAGUUUGCGUUCUGGCUUUGGAUCCAUCGGAUAAUGGUGAAAGACUUUGCUUUUAUGUUACUGUAAUUGACAAUGAGAGGCCAGUGAUUAGCAACUACCAAACGGAAGAAAUCAUUCGAUUCACUGACCCAGGAACACCUAUAGCGGUCACUUGGCAAAUUCCGACUGUUACAGACAAUUCAGGAAUGUGGAAUGUUUCCAGUAAUUUUGAUCCUGGUGAUACAUUUGACGUUGGGGAGUACCUGAUAUUCUACAACGCAACCGACCCAUACGGAAAUGAAGCCUCUAUAACCUUUACUGUUACCGUACUAGAAACUGAUAACAUUCCUCCAAACAUCACAUGUCCAGAUCCAGUAAUCGUUCCCACUGAUGAAUCAAGAUCAUAUGCGUCAGGCGUAUCUUGGUCUGGUAUAUAUGCUUAUGAUUUAAAUGGUAUCUACAAUAUAUCAAGUAGUAUACAAAAUGGUUCAAGGUUUGACUUAGGAUUAACAAACGUGACAUAUUGGGUAUACGAUAAUGCUGGAAAUACUGCCGAGUGUACGUUUAUUGUCACUGUACUUGACAUGGAGAAUCCUGUAGUUACAAAUUGCCCGGAUAACAUUACCGAUACAACUGAGACAGGAGAAAACUAUGGCAUUGUGAACAUACCUUCUCUGAUGGUAUCAGAAAACUCAGGCUCAUAUGUAGUCUCGCAAUGGCCCAUGGGAUCGCAAUUUUCAAUAUCUACAACGCCAGUCACUAUUACCAUUACAGACGAUGCAGCAAACUCAGCAACGUGCGAAUUCUUAGUUACUAUAAUUGAUGAUGAAGAUCCAAAGAUUAUCUUCUGUCCAACAAAUAUUUUAAUGGACAAUGACCCACAGCUUUCAACGGCUGUAGUAAAUUGGACAGAACCAACUGCAGAUGACAAUCAUGGCAUCGCCUCUCUACAACAAUCCCACAUAUCAGGAGUUGAUGUAAUGUCUGUUGGAGAUAAUUUAGUUAAUUACACCUGGAUUGAUCAUUCGGGGAAUACAGUCACGUGUCUAUUUACUGUCACAGUUCGAGACGUUGAAGAUCCGGUAUAUUCAGGUUGUCCAACUUCACAAAUACAAGUGGAAACACCAACUGGCUUUAAUACAACGACCGUAUACUGGACUCCACCCACUGUUAAUGACAAUGUUGGCGUGGUCAUAAACACAUCGGAUUACCAACCGAAUGACAUAUUUGAAAUUGGCAUAACAACUGUAACAUACCACGCGGAGGACGAAGCGGGAAAUGAAGCUAACUGUAUAUUCACAAUUCUUGUAGAAGAUACUGAGAAUCCGGUGUUUACAACUUGUAGUCAGCUUCAACCAAGUAUAACUGUACAGACUCUACCAGGAUUGAACUACAGUUCUGCAAGUUGGAGUGUUCCUGUUGCAAUUGAUAACGAUCUGAUUACUGGUGUUGAUUCUAACGCUGAGCCAGGUGAUCAAUUUCCGUUUGGUUCAACUGCUGUGCUUUACACCGCCUAUGACGAUAGUGGCAACACUGGAACCUGUUCGUUCUUAGUUAUAGUUGAAGACAAUGAAAAGCCAGAGAUAAGCCAGUGUCCAAAUGACACAACAAUUUUGCCAGAUUUUGGACAGAAUUCGGCCGAGGUUGUUUGGGACGAGCCCAUUGUUACAGACAACGUAGAUGAAACGCCAACAGUUAUUUCUAAUAUCAAGUCGAAUACUUCACUAAUAAUUGGUGCUCAUAUCGUCAGGUACACAGCAAUAGAUCAGUCAGGAAACUCAGAGACGUGCAUGUUUACAGUAACUGUUCUUGAUGGAGAACCACCAGAGUUUAUGGAUUGUCCAGGAAACAUUACGCAGCCAACUGAUGAGGAUAAGCGAACUGCUAGAGUUACUUGGGCUCCACCAAUGGCAACUGAUAAUGCAGGAACUCCAUUUACAGUCUCGAAUUUCCAACCAAAUGAUGAAUUCGUGUAUCUAUUUGGGGGAGCUAAUCCCGUCAUUUACACUGCUUUUGAUUUAAGUGGCAACACAGGAUUUUGUAUAUUUUAUGUUACUGUAACAGAUGACCAGUCGCCUGUGUUCACCACACAGCCACCGAACAUAACAUUAACAGCUGAUGAAUCAGGACCUACUGCCAUUGCUACCUGGAACCAGCCUGUAGUAGACGACAAUGUUGGAGUAAUUGCAGUAGUACCAGAACAUUUAUCCGGCAGUCCAUUUAAUAUAGGGGUUACUGACGUCACUAUAGUUGCAUAUGAUGCAGCUGGAAACCAGGCAUCUGUAAUGUUUUAUGUCACCGUCUAUGACGAUACUCCUCCAGUGUACACCAAUUGUCCCGGUCAGCGUAAUUUCAAUACUGACGUUGGUUUGAACACAUCUUCAGUCGUUUGGAGAACAUUGGUUAUCCAGGAUAAUGACCAAGUCAAUCAAGAAUACAACAGCCAUUUAUCUCCUGUUGACCUACCUGUAGGAACACACACAAUCUACAACAAUGUAACAGAUCGAUCGGGAAACUAUGCGGAAUGUAUAUUUGAGGUUGUAGUUACAGACAAUGAGGAUCCAACAUAUGAAGUAUGCCCGAAUUCGUUCACCGUAAUUGCGUCACCUUCUUCAAACGAAACACAGGUCUCGUGGACAGUAUCAUCCCCGUCAGACAAUGUUCAAAUUGUAUCUGAAACUAUGACAUAUUCGUCAAAUGACAUAUUUGCAAUAGGAACUUACACUAUCCGAUAUGAAGCAACAGAUUCCUCUGGAAACACAGGCAUUUGCGAGUUCACUUUAGCAGUUCAAGAUGCUACUGCACCAACAUUUUCAAAUUGUCCGAGCAGUCAGACCCUUAGCACAGAUCCUGGGGUUGAUGGUACCAAUGUGUUUUGGAGCACCCCUACUGCUAUGGAUAACUCCGGCAAUGUUAUGACAGUAAUCAUGACACCAGUUCUGACGUCCGGCAAUUAUUUACAAAUCGGACAAUACAACGUCAAUUUUACGGCAGUUGACGCAGGUGGAAAUAUUGGAUACUGUUUCUUCACCAUACUAAUAGAAGAUACGGAAUUUCCAAAUGUAACAUACUGUCCAGAUGAUUUUGAUACAUUACCAGAUAAUGGAACAAACACAGCUAACCCAAUGUUCGAGACACCAACCGCUGUUGACAAUUCUGGCAUUCUAAUAACGGAAGCAUUCCCUGUUUCUGGUGCAGUGUUCAUGCCAGGCCUGAACACUGUGCUGUAUACAUUUACUGAUCCAUCUGGAAACAUUGCCAGGUGCUCCUUUACUGUUACAGUCAGAGAUGAUGAGGCACCUAUGGUGACUGGUUGCCCAUCAAGUAUAGAGGAGUCGACUAGGGUAGGCCUUUCAUACAGUAUAAUAAAUUGGACGGAGCCCGUAUUUAUGGAUAAUGCAGGUGAACCACUAGUUGUCAGAACACAUGACUCAGGAUCGCAGUUUAGUAUUGGAAUAACGUAUGUCAAUUAUACUGCGUCCGAUUCCUUUGGAAAUCAACGACUAUGUUCAUUUGCAGUCACAAUACUUGACGAUGAGCUGCCAGUUAUAACCAAUUGCCCGUCUAACCAACAAUUAACAAUAACUACAUCCGGUGAUACUGCUAUUGCUACUUGGACUACACCUGAUGCCACAGACAAUUCCGGUCAACCUGGAUUAUCAUCGAACUAUCCCAGUGGAUAUCCAUUCCCUGUGGGAAUGACCGAUGUUAUUUAUGAAGCAAGAGAUGCAUCUGGCAAUGGAGCUCAGUGCACUUUCGUAAUAACAGUCAAUGAUAACCAGCCUCCAAACUUUGAGAACUGUCCAAGUGAAAUUGAAGCAAACACCGACUUUAGACAACCAACAGCAACGGUUUCAUGGACGGAACCUUUCGCCGUCGACAAUGUAGAUGGCAAUUUAACCUUUACUAGUACAUAUUCUCCUGGUUUUAUGUUUCCUGUGGGUGUAUAUACUAAUUCAUAUGAAGCUACUGAUAGAGAAGGGAACAUUGGCAAUUGUGUGUUCACAAUCACAGUGUUUGACCGUGAAAAGCCACAGAUUCUUAACUGUCCUACUGGCAUUACAGUAACCAGUUCUAACAUUGCCAGAUGGGCACCACCUAGAGCUACCGAUAAUACAGUUUUAGUGACACUGCUUUCCACAGUAAAUCCUGGAUCAACUCUACCAUCAGGAACAACAAGUGUCACAUAUACUGCAUAUGAUCAAUACCGCAAUGAAGAAUACUGCAUUUUCAGCAUAAAUGUACAAGGAAUUGGUGCUCCGGUUAUAACCUACUGCCCAGAUAGUCAAGUGGUUGUUGCUGAUGAGGGCGCUUUAGAUGCUGAAGUAUCGUGGAUAACUCCAAACGCCACAGACAAUGGAACCGCAUUAACACCAGAAUGUAAUUACUUGCCGGGUAGUGAGUUUGAUGUUGAAACACGGACUGACGUCAUUUGUGUCUUCACAGCCUCUACUGGACUGGAAUCAAUAUGUAGAUUUUCAGUUAAUGUUGAAGCUCCACCGGAUUUAGAAGACCCGGUGCUCAGCUCCUGUCCACCAAAUCAGAAUAUUGAAGCUGAAUUAGGAAGUACAUCUGCAGUGGCAACCUGGACACCUCCAAGUGCGACCGACAAUUCAAAUAUAAGUCCAACAUUAGAGGUUACAAAUGAACCGGGCUCAAACUUUGAUAUUGGUGAGACAGUAGUACUUUACAUUGCACGUGACUCAUCAGGCAACACCGACAGUUGCCAAUUCAAAAUAACAGUGUCAGGCUUUAUUGAUAAUACUGAUCCAGUUAUUGAAGACUGUCCAUCAAAUAUUAAUGAGUUUGUCAGCGUUGGCACGACCACUUAUCCAGUCGGGUGGGAUCCACCUACGGCAACUGAUGACUCGGGAUCGUUAGAUUUUGAAACGGAUUAUGAACCCGGAUCCUCAUUUAAUGCCGGUGAAACUACUUUAGUGACAUACACUGCCACUGACACCAGCAACAAUGAAGUUUUGUGUACAUUCACUGUGACUAUUACAGUUGAUACACAAUCUCCAACUGUAACUAACUGUCCUGUUGCCAUUGACGAAACUAUACUAUCGGGAGAAACAUCUACGGUAGUGACAUGGACAUCACCAACAGUCCAGGACAACUCAGGAGAUUACUCCGUUGAACCUUCUAUUGCUUCCGGUUCAGUUUUCGAUGUAGGAGAAGAAACAGUUGUUUACUCAAUUUCUGAUAAUUAUGGAAAUACCAAUAAUGAUUGUUCCUUUAAAGUCACAGUAUCAGUGGACGAGGUUCCCAGUUUCAACUUUUGUCCCGAAAGCAGUACCGUUAACACUGAACCCGAUUUAGCGACAGGUAUUGCUAUGUGGGGAAUGCCAAUGGCAAACGAUGCCGAAGAUGGAACCAUCAUUCCAACAUCGACAUCAACAUCAGGGCAGCCAUUCAAUUUAGGCAGCAAUCCUGUUGUUUAUACCGCUACAGAUUCUUCCAAUCAACAGGCAGAGUGUACAUUCUAUAUAACAGUCAUUGAUAACCAAGAUCCAGAGUUCAUCACAACCCCUGACCCUCCAGUGGUCUGGGUGUUAGCUGGAUCAUCGUCUGGAAUAGUAAGCUGGGCAGUGCCAACAGUAAACGAUAAUGCCGAUCCAAAUCCUACUGUAAGUUUGACAGGAGGUACUAAUGGAGGCAGUUUCCCGCUUGGCACAAAUCCAUUGACGUACACAGCAACAGAUGACGCUGGCAAUUUUGUUACGUAUUCAUUCGAUGCAAUUGUAUAUGAGGAUCUACCUCCGAUGUUUACAUAUUGUCCUGAGAGUUCUACAGAAUAUACAGAUAUAGGCCUUGCUACUGCUACAGUAUCGUGGAACAUGCCUACGGCUGAAGAUGAACGAGACGGAACAAUCACACCCACGUCUACCUCAGUUUCGGGCCAACAGUUCGGUUUUGCAAGUAACCGAGUCACAUAUAUUGCUGUCGACUCAUCAAGCCAGACUACUGAAUGCGUCUUCUUUAUAACUGUUUUAGACAAUCAAGACCCUCAAAUAACAAAUAUAAUACCUCCUGUUCCUGUCACUGCUGCUUUGGGAGCAACCAGCGCAGUAGUCACUUGGCCAGAGCCUACAGUUUCUGAUAACGUAGACCCAAGUCCAUCAGUACUUUUAACAGGUGGGGUAAAUGGUGGGACGUUCAACAUUGGAACAACUGAUCUCAGCUAUACGGUUACUGAUUCAAGUGGAAACUCAAUUUCGUAUGAUUUUGAAGUAGUUGUUAAUGAAUUUCCCCCAGAUGCAACCGAGCCUGUGUUCACAUUUUGUCCAGGAGCUGUUACAGCCAACAACUCACCGGGAUUAUCGACUGGGGAAGUCACUUGGACUUUGCCAGUUGCUACCGAUGACGGAGGUGACGUAGCAGUCACACCGGCAUUCAGUUCUGGAACAUAUCCUAUUGGAACGACAUCAGUUGUUUAUUCCGCAACGGACGGUGUAAAUACAGUAACAUGUACAGUUAUAGUGCAAGUCAUAGACAACGAGAAACCUACCAUUGACAAUUGUCCGGAGACUAUGAAUUACUAUGUGCCUUCGUCGUCAACUAGUGUCCUAAUAAUUUGGGAUGAGCCGACAGCAUCUGACAACCUUGCAGUAACGUCUUUCACUCCUAACAUGAAUUCUGGGACUCGUCGGACAUCAGGCACUGAAACUAUCACAUAUACAGCAUUAGACGCUGCCUCGAACAUGCAGACAUGUAGUUUUGUUGUCAACAUUUUGGUAGAAACCAAUCCAAGAGGCAUACAAGGAAGUGUGAUUAUGGAUGAAAUUCGUGGAGUAGACGGAUUAUUUUCGACAGCUUCAGCAAACCUACUUAUUUCACAAUUGCAGCAAGACCUUGAUGACCUAUUCCGUAGCAGUGACAUUAGGAAUGAUUUUGUUGAUAUUUCAAUUUCAACUUAUGACUUUAAUGAUGAAAAUAACGCAGUGGUCAUCUUUAAUAUUGAUCUGAUAUCCAGUUCAGCGUUGGACUCUGAUGACAUAGAAGAUGCUUUUUAUAAUGCUCUUUCUGGUGGAACUAUGUUCGCAUCCGACAACUCUAUCCAGGCUAAUACGUUCUUCGCUAAUCUUAUAAGCCUUGAAGGAAGUGUUACAAUGGAUGAAAUCCGUGGGGUUGAUGGUACAUUUUCCACAGUUUUAGGCACUACGCUUAUUUCUCAACUACAGGGUGACUUAUACGACCUGUUUCGCACUACUGAUAUCAGCAGUGAUUUCGCAGGAAUUUCAAUAUCAAGUAAUGAAUUCGAUGAUAAUAACAACGUCCUUAUCGAAUUUGUCACUUACCUUGUUGCGAGUUCUACAGUGAUGGCAUCCGACAUCGAAGCUGCGUUUUACGGUGCUCUUACUGAUGAAACUAUGUUUGCAACAGACAAUGCUAUAGAAGCAAAUACAUUUAUAGUCGGUGAAGAUAUUUGUACUAAUUCACCUUGUCAAAAUGGUGGCGUCUGUCAAAGGGUUGGUUCAACAUAUUCGUGCAUGUGUACAGAUGGUUACGAAGGAGAUAAUUGUCAAUCAGGUAGGAUAUCUACGUGCUUUGGUGGGUUUAGACCCAAUUGUUCAUAUGAUUCUGUAAUAGCUGAUUUAUUGGAAAAGUACUUAGAAGUGUUAACACCAGCAACUAAACAUACUGGUUUUACCUAA